AUGUCUCAGCUAUUAGAACCGGUCACGCUUGGUGACUCGAUACAAUUGCGCAAUCGAGUAUGUAUGGGAGCUAUGACGCGAAAUCGAUGUAUCGAUGAUAAUAAGCCUACAAGCGCGAGUGCUAAAUACUACGCUGAUCGCGCCCAAGAUGGAGCUGGCUUGAUCGUUGCUGAGGGGACAUUUGUAUACUACAAUGGUGCGGAAUGGCCUCAUACGCCAGUUAUGUUCAACCAUGAUCACGCAGCUGCAUGGAAAAAGGUCACGGAUGCUGUCCACGGUGUACACGGCAAGAUAUUCUUCCAGCCAUGGCAUCCUGGACGGAUUCAAAACGACAACAUGCCAAUGCUCAAGAAGCAUGAUUAUCCAGUGUAUGCACCAUCUAAGAUCCCAGCAGCUGGAGGCGAGUACCGUACACUUGAAGGGUGCCCUGUGAGUAAGAAGAAGACAAUUAUCUAA